GAGUUACAGAGCGGGGCGUGCACGCGCGGCGGACAGAAGCCGGAAACAUGGCGGCGCUCAUGUCACUGACCCAGAUAUCAAAUGGAAACCCAGCGUAUGAAACCUUCUACAGACAGGUGGACCCAGGAAACAUGGGUAAAGUUGGUGCAGCUGAAGCAGCGCAGUUUUUGAAGCGGUCAGGACUUUCAGACAGUACUCUGAGCAAGAUCUGGGAUUUGUCAGACCGGGACGGAAAGGGCUACUUGGACAAGCGGGGUUUCUUUAUUGCGCUAAGGCUUGUGGCUUCGGCUCAGAGCGGUGGUGAUGUCAGUCUGACCUGCCUGAACCAGACCAUGUCAAUUCCUGCUCCUAAAUUCAGGGACACAGCCAGCCCUUCUCUCAUACUACCAACAUCUUCCGGUGACUCCACAUGGGCAGUGAAGUUUGAUGAAAAGGUGAAGUACGACAGCAUAUUCCAGAGUCUCUUGCCCAUCAAUGGCCUCUUGUCAGGAGAUAAAGUGAAACCGGUCCUCAUCAAUUCGAACCUGCCGCUCGAUGUGCUUGGGAAGAUUUGGGAUCUCAGUGACAUUGAUAAAGAUGGACAUUUGGACAAAGAAGAGUUUGCAGUGGCUAUGCAUCUGGUGUACCGAGCCCGAGAGAAAGAACCUGUUCCUUCCAUCCUACCGACCUCCAUGAUCCCUCCAUCCAAGCGGAAGAAGAGUGCAGUUGCUCUGGCCGGCUCUGUGCCCGUCCUACCCUCCAGUCCUUUCCUUCUGAAAGAAAACCUUCGACCCACAGUGCCUCUCUCCAAGAGCCCUCUGACCAUCACCUCUAAUCUCUCACCAUCAAACUCCUUUAGGAGCUCCAGCCCAAGUCCUAGUCCCAGCCCUGCACCUCAGCUGUCUGUUUCAGCAAACUGGGUGGUGCCUCAGGACGACCGGGAGCAGUAUGAGGAAAUCUUCGAACUGGCUGACUCUGAUUUCGAUGGUAUGGUUGGAGGAGGUGAAGUUAAGGACAUCUUUAUAAACUCAGGGCUGCCCCAGAGUGUCCUGGCCCACAUCUGGUCACUAGCAGACACCAAAAGUGUGGGCAAAUUGACCAAAGAGCAGUUCUGUCUGGCCAUGUAUCUUAUUCAUCAGAGAGUUAAAGGUGUCGAGCCCCCUCAGACCCUGAGCCCUGAUAUGAUUCCUCCUUCAGAGAGGGGCUCUGCUGCUUCUACCGCAAUCUCAUCAGAAAUCUCCACUCCAGUUGGUUUUGAAUUGACCGGACUGUCCAAUAUGUCCAGAGAGGUUAUCAGUGCAGUGGUGCCCGUGGAGUUGACCGGAAACAAAGAACUUGACGAAAUUAUCCAGGAAAUUGCACAGCUUCAGAGUGAGAAACGCAGCAUAGAACAAGAGAUCAGGCAGAAGGAGGAGGCCCUUCGUCAGAAGAGCAGCGAAGUUCACGGCAUGCAAGUGAACUUGGAGCAAGAGAACAGCAGUGUGAAAGAACUGGAGCGACAGACGUUGGACGCUCAGAGCAGGCUGCAGGACAUGGAGCAACAGAGGAGCAAACUGGAGAGUAAAGUGAACGAGGCCAAGUUCAAGGUCCAGGAGGAGAGCAGCAAGAUCUCCUCUUUGCAGUCACAGAUCAUAUCUCAGGAGUCAACUCAGCAGACACAGGAGAAAGACCUGAACAGAACCAAGACAGACUUGUACUGCCUGGAACAGGAGGAGAAGCAGCUGGAGGAGAACCUGUCUGUAGGAAAAGCCAAGCUAGAUACCAUCCUAAAACUGCUCAAAACCUCUCAAAAUGAAAUGGAUGAGGUACGGGAAGAGAUGUCACAGAUCCAGGACAGCCAGAAGGAGCUGAACAAGACCAUCGAGCGCUUUGACAAAGUUCUCAAUGGCAGCACAAUCAGUCUGGCUGAAAUCGACCAGCUCCUUGCUGAAGAAGGGACCGUUCUCAACACCACCGUGGAGGACUCCUCCUUCAAGUCGAGGCUGGCCAUGUUUAAUAACAACGCCGCUCCGAGCUACAACGUGGAUCCCUUUCAGACUGAAGACCCCUUCAAAAGCGACCCCUUCAAUAAAGCCGACCCGUUCGGAGGAGAUCCCUUCAAACAGAGCGACCCGUUCAGAGACCCUUUCAGCAGCUCGGAUCGCUUCAGUAGAAAUCCCACCAGCAAGGCCAGCCCUUUUGGAAGGCAAGGGAACGUCACGUCUGCCGGUUCGUCUAAGUUUAAAGGCUCAGAUCCCUUUGCUCCGACGGACCCUUUCGACUCUUUUGGCGGGAAUGGUGGUUUCGCAGACUUUGGAAAUAUGUCAAAGGGAUCCAGCGGGAACCCUAUAGGCCGCAAACCCACCUACCCACUGCCUCCGCCCAAAAAACCUGUACCAGCCAGACCAGCACCACCUCCAUAUGGCACAAGUUCAGCAGGAACUCGUAGAGGGGUUGCCGCUCACAGACAAACGCACGGUGUUCCCCGUUUUCCGAAGCCUCACGAGGACACUUUCUCCUCGUCGCAGUCCAGUAGAUCCGCCUUAACAGACUCUCUCGCUCUUGCAGACCUUAGAGCCUACGGAAAUGAAGUGGAACAGCUGGAGUGGGCCAAGCGAGAGAGUAAGAGGGAGGAGGAACGCCUGAGGAGGCUCCGCCUCCAGGAGCAGCAGGAUCUGGAGCUGGCUCUCGCUCUCAGCCGGGUCGACAUGUCCAGAACGUGAGGCCAGUCCACAGAGCCUGGUCCAGAGCCCUACACUGCACCGUAGCCAUCCCAAAUACCGCUUCCUUCCCAUGGGUAAAAAACAACAGAACACAGGGUCCAUUGAAAUUCUCACUGUCGAGUGUUCCCCUGAGCUUUGAGGCUCGCAUAACUCAGUUGUUUUCUCUGCUGCUAAAAUUGCACUCUGUCCUACGCCGUCUCUCACACCGACGAACCAAAUCUCUCAUGGGUGCCUCCCAGGUUCUAAUUAAAUUUGUUGCAAUACAAAAUACAGAACUGUUGAUCAAAGGUUAUAUGAACUAAACAAAGACCUAUUUAAUAAUAUAUAAAACUGUUUUAUUUUUAUUUUUGGUAAUGACUCUGGGGCACUGAACGUUACCGAAUACAACACCGGUAGAAGAGAAAGCGUCACCAUCAGUGGGCUUGAUUCAAAAGACUCUCCUCCUCCUCCUCCUUCUGCUCUCUUCGCUUCGGCUCUGAAAUGACGACUUUAUUACGAACGCACUGUAUUUAACAGAGCCUUUUAUUUUUUUUAAUCAACGCGUGAAUCUGAACCUUCUCUGGUAGGUGCCUGGUUUGUUCUACUUUUUACUACAACAACAUCAUUUAGACCAAAUACUGUCCAAAGAAUGUUAUAUACCGACUCCAUAUUCAUAUGAAGCAUUUUAGACUAGUAUUUUUUUUUCCUAUUUUGUCCAAUACUCCUCACACAAAGCUUUCUGAAAGGUCACUGGGCUUUUUAAAAAAGAGUCACUGAAAUAUUCUAGAAUAAAUAGGACUAGCCAAAAACCUGUAUAGCUUGACAAGUUAUCCACACGCAUAAAAGAAAUGUAUUGAAGUCUGAUCUACAUGUUACAUACCGAUCAGCAUAUAGACGUUUUAUCGACGAGCUCCGCUACUUCCUUCCUAGCUUAAUUUUCUUUAUAAUCGAUCUAUAUACGUUUAACGAGAUAUACAAUUAACAUUAUCGUGGUGCAUCAAGCGCUAAUUGCAUGUAGGAGUUGCGAGAGUGGAGCCGUAUAACGCGCCAUUGCAUUGUCGUUUUGGAUUAAUCACGGUUAAUCAUUAAAGCUUAUUCUGUAAUGAAAUGAAUUAUUUUUAUGCCAAACUUCAGACCCUGUAUCAGCGCAUAAACGUCAAAUCCCACCCCCUUAGCCUUUCAUAUAGUUUUAAGAAUGCGUGCUUUUUGAUUUUUUUUUUUUUUUUUUUUUAA